AACCAGACUGUUCAGGUUUCCAUCAGGUUAUUUUAACUGGACACCAAACCCCUAAAAACUCCUUCAUUCUCCACCUUUCUAUCUUAUUCGUCUUGAGCCAAAUCAUUUUUUUCCCUACCCUGCCUCUUCAUUGCAGGCAAAAUCAUUGUUUUGUGUCUGCAAUGGGGAUUGGCAAUUCAAAGUCAAAUGCAGCCGAAGGAGAGAGGUUACCUCCCAAAAUCCGCCCUAUGCUCGUUAGCCGAUUUGAGGAGUUCAGAAAACGUAGGAAUGGAGAAACCACCCUCUCCAAGAAGAAUCUGUUGAAUGAAGAGGAUGACAAUUCUCAAUCUUCACACAGAACUGAAGAAGAAAAUAAGGUUUCUUCUUCAAAGGAGAUUGAACCACCUAAAGAGGAAACGGUUGAGCGAGUAAUAACCGCAGAAAAACUGUCCAGAGUGGUUCCAGUGCCCAACUCUGAAUGUGAAAAUGUGGAGGAGACUCACCCCAACAAAGAUAACAUAGAGCAGGUUAUCAAAUACAUGGAUCCCAGCCAAGAUGUAUUUAAUCGUGCUGUUGAGAUGGCCGAGGCAGAGGUUAAAACAGAGGAGGAAAAGACUGCAGAGCUAGUGGAAGAGACAAAGGAAGAAAAGAAGCAAAAAGUGGAUGCAAAAGGUGAUGAUCAUCAUGAGGAUAGUGGUGAUGAAGAUGAAAGUGAAAAAGUUGGCAGGUUUCUAUGUCCUGGAUCGCCAAGUUUCAGAAUUUAUUGCAUUGAGGCUGAGAAAAGAAACGAGGAAGAAUGUAAUGGUCCAACCAUUGUGCUCCAAAAGUCGCGCAGUGUAGACAGUGUUGAAACAGCUGAAUCAACAAAUUCAAACGAGGUACUUCAGGAAUUAGAAUCAACUUCGAAGAGAAAAGGACAUAAGAAGAAAUUUGGUGCUAUGAAGACUCUACUCAAGGUUAAGUCGCUCUAUCACCCAAUGUGUACCUGUACUGGCGAUGACAAAAGCCAUAUUUUUACUGCAAAGGCAACGAAAUGAUUAACACACUAGGUGAUAGAACUUAGAAAUAUUGAAGACAAGUUACACUCUUUUUCUUUUUUUUAAUUGGUCGGAGUCUUUUUCUUGGCCCCCUUAAUUUUUUAGCUCCUUCUGAAUUCCCCAUCCUCUGAUUCUAACAAUCAGAUGUAGACGACAACUACUGUCUUGUCUUUUUCAUUAUGUGAAACACUUCGUGUAUUUCUGGUUCUAGCAUUGAUGUAAAUUAUUUUCCUCUGAUU